AGGAGCCCCCUGCCUCCCAUCAAUACUCUGAACACCACCGUGUACACCCUUAAGGAGCUUACUCUGUACUCAUUAAGAACUCAAUGAAGCACCAACUCAACACAUCUCAUCCUACCUUUAAAGAACUCCAAAAGUUGGGGGAUCAGAGCACGCCACCUCUCCUGUCAGGGACACCCCACUUCCUAAUACCUUGAGAACUAGGUUGGAAGGGAAGGAAAGAAGAAGCAAGAUGUUUCGUCUGUGCCAAGACUCCAGAGGGUCUCACUGGAAGAUCCUUCUGUCGUCUCUACAACAGAAUGUUGGGCCCGAGGCAGCUCCGCUCACUGGGACGCCAGGUUUCUUUGCCUUCAAAGCUCCGCGCGACGGCCACACGAAAGAUCCAAACCUUGGGCAGGGUCCAAACGGUCACUUCCCCGCCCCCUGGGCGCAGUAUGCAAAUCCGAGCACCAGGAAGUAGCUGGGACCUCUCGGCCGAGCCCAGCGACAGCCAGUUCCUCUCCCGCCGCGCCCGGCCGCCCGCCGCUCGUUCUCGGCCGUGGCGCCUCCGGGACCGACGCGCUGCAGCCUCCAGCUCGUGUCAGGCGGGGCGGCCGCGUCACCCCGGGCCCCUAGCCUGCAGACCCCCGCCGCUCGUCCUCGGUUCCCAGCCCGCAGCCCCACUCUACGCGAGCCCUGCUGGGCCGCCCCGUCGCGCCCCGGGCUCUGAACUCAAGUCACCGUGGAGCGCCGCCGCCGCCGCCCCCUUCGCCCCGCUACUUUCACCGCGAGCUGGAAAUAUGGGAUGUAUAAAAUCAAAAAGGAAAGACAAUGUGAAUGACGAUGGAGUAGAUUUGAAGACGCAACCAGUACGUAAUACUGACCGAACUAUUUAUGUGAGAGAUCCAACGUCCAAUAAACAGCAAAGGCCAGUUACAGAGUCUCAGCUUUUACCAGGACAGAGGUUUCAAACUAAAGAUCCAGAUGAACAAGGAGACAUUGUGGUAGCCUUGUACCCCUAUGAUGGCAUCCACCCAGACGACUUGUCUUUCAGGAAAGGAGAGAAGAUGAAAGUCCUGGAGGAGCAUGGAGAGUGGUGGAAAGCUAAAUCCCUUUCAACAAAGAGAGAAGGUUUCAUCCCCAGCAACUACGUAGCCAAAGUCAACACCUUGGAAACAGAAGAGUGGUUUUUCAAGGAUAUAACCAGGAAAGAUGCAGAAAGGCAGCUUUUGGCCCCAGGGAACAGCCCUGGAGCUUUUCUCAUCAGAGAAAGUGAAACAUUGAAAGGAAGCUACUCUCUGUCUGUCAGAGAUUAUGACCCAGUGCAUGGUGAUGUUAUUAAGCACUACAAAAUUAGAAGUCUGGACAAUGGAGGUUAUUACAUCUCUCCAAGAAUCACUUUUCCUUGUAUCAGCGACAUGAUUAAGCAUUACCAAAAGCAGUCAGAUGGCUUGUGCAGAAGAUUGGAGAAGGCAUGCAUUAGUCCCAAACCACAAAAGCCAUGGGAUAAAGAUGCCUGGGAAAUCCCACGGGAAUCCAUUAAAUUGGUGAAGAAGCUUGGUGCUGGACAGUUCGGGGAAGUCUGGAUGGGUUACUAUAAUAAUAGUACCAAAGUGGCUGUAAAAACCCUGAAACCAGGCACUAUGUCUGUGCAAGCAUUCCUGGAAGAAGCAAACCUCAUGAAGACCCUUCAGCACGACAAGCUGGUGAGGCUCUAUGCAGUGGUCACCAAAGAGGAGCCCAUCUAUAUCAUUACGGAGUACAUGGCCAAGGGCAGUUUGCUGGAUUUCCUGAAGAGCGAUGAAGGGGGCAAAGUGCUACUUCCAAAGCUAAUUGACUUUUCUGCUCAGAUCGCAGAAGGAAUGGCGUACAUCGAAAGAAAGAACUACAUUCACCGAGACCUACGAGCAGCUAAUGUCCUGGUCUCUGAGUCACUCAUGUGCAAAAUUGCAGAUUUUGGCCUCGCUCGAAUAAUUGAAGAUAACGAGUACACAGCAAGGGAAGGUGCUAAAUUCCCCAUUAAGUGGACAGCUCCAGAAGCAAUCAACUUUGGAUGUUUCACUAUUAAGUCUGAUGUGUGGUCCUUCGGAAUUCUCCUGUAUGAAAUCGUCACCUAUGGGAAAAUUCCCUACCCAGGGAGAACUAACGCCGAUGUGAUGACCGCGCUGUCACAGGGCUACAGGAUGCCCCGCAUGGAGAACUGCCCAGAUGAGCUCUAUGACAUCAUGAAAAUGUGCUGGAAAGAAAAGGCAGAAGAGAGGCCAACGUUUGAUUAUUUGCAGAGUGUCCUGGAUGAUUUCUACACUGCCACGGAAGGCCAGUAUCAGCAGCAGCCUUAGAGCACAAGAAGACUCGUAGCCGUUUGCAGGGACUGCUGCCUCAUUAAAAAAGAAGCAAUAACAAUCACUGGUUGCAGUAGUUUUCAUGUGCUAAGACCAUCUACUGUCCCUGCUUCCCGAAAUGAGGCUAAAUUACUCAGGAAGAAACACUCUCUACGUCGAAAAGUAUCUCUUCUCAUAGGCUGAGGCCCACAGCUCUGCCACUUGGCCUGCUCCCAGCUGGCCAACUUGCUUUCUAGACCAACAUCUGAAUACAGCCCUCUGAGAAGGAAACACCUUUUCUAUCCAAAAUGCACCCACUUUGGCCUCUUGUUUACAAUUGGAUGUGUGACUCAAAGGUUCAGAGGCCAUUUUUAUAAUUCCCAAGCAGUAGCAGAACUAAACUCAUUUAUAAAAGUAAAAUAACCAGAAGCCUAUUGCGGCAGUUCUUUGUAUUUUCUCUGUGCUUUGGCUUAUUUGUUUAAAAAUUACUAAUCCAACCUGUUAGAUUUUGCAGGUGAAGUCAGAAACUUAAAAAUGUCUUUCUCAUAUUUCAGUAAUCACCCCUCCCCCUAAAAUCUGAGACUGUUAAACAUUUUCCUUCCAUGGAGACUGCUCAGAACCCUGAAACAUAAAGCAGCCACGCUUUUUUGGUCUCUUCCUUGUAGAAGUGUCACUUGUGAGUCAUGCAAAGCUGCUGUGUUCAGCGGCGUGAACCCAUUGAUGCCGAGCCUUGCCCAGACCUCCCAGGAAAGGGAAAGGAGCCUCAGAAACUACUCCACCUUAAAAAGGACAAUUUUUAAACUGUCUCCAGCUUUUCAGUUCCACAAUUUCUUAUAUAUAGACUUUUGUUGACAAUGUAGUUUGAAAGAAAGAUAAGAUUCUAAUUUCUGCAGAACCUCAUAGGACUUUAUAAAACAUAAGAAUUUUCUUUAUUGCUUCAAAUGACUUGAAUGUUAUUUUAAUGAGCAAAUAUUAAUUUUAGUUGUACUCAAAGUAACACCAUAUUUGGGAGCUAUUUUGUGAUUCAGCAAUCUUUUCUAAGUGGUGUAAGAUGUGUGUGAGACUAUUUAUACAGAAUAUGAAGGAAAAUAAGUGACUGAGGAGGUUCUAAUGAGCCACUGUAUGUAGCAGGGACACAGGAGGUUUGGCUUACUAAACUUUUCUACUGUAAACUUUGAAUGGAAAAUACUAUGUCACAUCAUGUUUCACUUAUGCUGUCAUGUAUAUACCUAAUAUUUCUAUUUUUUUGAUUUUAUUUUAAUACACCUAACCCAAUAACA